CAAUCAUUUUCCUCAAAACCAGCCGAUAAACUCGACCUUGCCCCAAAAAUAAUCAAACCGAGAUUUCAUAACGAACCAAGUGUGUGUCAUGUGUGCAAUCCUCACCAUUUUGUUGAUUCUUUCCCCGAAUUUCGUCCAUUGCUACCAACAAUGGACGACCAUCUACGAUAAAAUCACACAAGAGGAAGAGUUCUCCGGAUACAAAACCAUGAUAAGAAACGAUAAAGCAUCGUCUUUGAAUUUGUUAUACAGCGGUGUCACUGUUUUCGUGCCAACGAACGACGCAAUUCGAACCUAUACUGGGUUUUUUCGCGAUGCGGUCGUUCUGUACCAUAUGGGCACCCAGCCAUACACUUUGAAACAACUACGGUUGAAUAAUACGGUACAAAGCGCCCAUGGGGACAACCCACCCCUAUGGGUGAGUGUCACCCCUGAUGGGUACUACAUCAACAACGCCAAAAUUUUGGAAAAACGCUCCAACUACAUGGCGAAAUGCAAAAGAAACGAGAACUUGAAUCAGGUACUACAUGUGAUUGAUCGGGUACUCGAUCCCAUGACACCCAUGGCCAACCCAUCAGCCUUCGAUUUUUUGCAACACUACGACCAGUGGGAUUUAGGGCCGUUCAAAAUUUUUAACUUCUGGACACGAGUGCAGUACCAUGACAAGUCAGAGUGGUACCAGAAGCCAGGCGGUCACACGUUUUUCAUCCCAAUUGAUGAUAAAAUGGACGAUUACCGCCUCCAAAGCAUCGAUAGUUACGUAAUUGACGGGCAUGUGGUACCCAACAUGGUACUUUUCACACGCCCAACAACCAAAAACUUUAUUUUUGAAAGUGCCUCAAAUGGGGACUACAUUUACAUCGUACUGUCAAUGACGUCACGAAACGACCGUUUCUACGUCAAAAGUUUCACAGUUCUGGGCGACAGUGACCAUAAAAGAGGCGAAGUCUUUGCCGAAAUAAUCAAAAGUGAUAUUCCCGUAACCAACGGAGUUGUCCACCUAAUUUCCAAACCUUUGGCUGUUUUCGACCGCCAACUCCAGUUCUUCCCCUACUUGCCAGUCAUCCACAAAGUCACAAUGGACCCGAACUUGGAUUUCACGUACAAUUUAGCCAAAAACAGGAUUAACAAAAUCCUGAAACGCGAACGGGGGAUGUACACGUACUUCGCCCCCAAAAACCAGGCUUGGGGGAACUACACGGGGUACUCCCGCAGCCAACUUGUCGAUAUCCUUGCCCGACAUUUAAUCGUGUCUGAAGUACGCUACACAAUCCCUAAACUGGUGGCUUUGGCUAAAAGUGGCAACGGAACUACGUUUCUGGAAACUUUGGGUGGUACCCUCAGACUACAAAUCGACCAUUUUGAUGGGUACUACCAUCUCAAAUGGGGCACAAAAUGGGUCAGAGUCUCCCGGCCUGACUACAGGUGCAGCGAUGGGGUUGUCCACGUUGUCGACGAUGUUUUCGCCACCCCCAAGUUUGCAAAACCGCCCCAAACACCUAAAAGUGGGUUUUGGAGGACGUUGAAAGACGCGUUCACGUGACCGCCCUUUGAUUUGUUGCCAGACAUUUGCCCGACUUAGUGCCCGGUCAUAUUUAGUGGUAAAAGUUUGUUGUUUUAUCUACAAUUUUCCUAGAAAUACAGGGUGAUUCAAGUAAGUUGGCCAAAAUCGCGCUGAAAUGUUUAAACUAAUAUUAUAUUCAUUUUUGCAUAAGUAGGUUUUUAUAAAAAACUAAAUACCUAAAAAAUUGGUUAAACUUGAUCGAAAAUAAUUAAAGUAAAGGCAGUUAUAAAUCUUAAUCUGCGCUGACUUUAUUUGAGCUUUCUGUUUGAAUCUGAUUUGAUUUGAAUAACUCUGCAUCUAAUAGUACAGCCUAGCCUUAAUUUGGCUCCAUUUUAUUCGUCUAAUAAAACUUAAAUCUGGCAUAACACAGACAAGUCGUGAAUUUAUCUAAAUAGAUAAACUAAAAUCUUUUGAUGAGAUCACCAUUUACCGUCAUCUUACUUUUAUAUUCUAUCACCUCUAAGAGAAACCUGUGUUUUUUUUAACAAUCUUAAAUCUGGCGCUGAAUAUGUACAGGGUGAUUCAAAAGAAGCGUACAAUCUCUCGGGUGCUGAUAAAAGACAUUAAAGUGAAUUAAAGGUUCCUAUGAUAAAAAAUUGUUUGAGAUUUUUUUCACGAGAUAUAGCUUUUCAAAGUUAAAUUUUGAAGGUAAUUUUUUGAUGCUUCAGAUAAUAUUUUUUUGACUUUGGUUAGCGGAAAUGACAACUCUUGGAACAUUAAACAAAUUCCUGUUGAAAAAAUUAACAAUGAAUGGCUAAUGACGUGUAAAACAAUUAAAAAACUUGUAAAUUCGACAUCCUAGGAAACAGUCGAUACCGUUGCUAAGGAAAACAAAUUAAAAAAUAUACAGAAUGUCCGUUUUUAGAGCUCCACCAUGGGCAUUUCCGUUAUUCUAAAAGAUACGAGGUCGGUUAAAUUAGGGCAAAGUUGCGCUUUUUUAUGCUGAAUAACUAUCUGAAAGGAAAUUUGAUCGUCGUUUUUAGUUUUUAAAUUAUUGGAAAAAAUCAAAAUUUUGUAAUUUUUGUUUUUAAUUUUUUUAAGCGAAUACCAAAAGAACUGCACGUUUUUAAGUAGGAAAUUUAAGUAAGCACUUUUUUACAAAAAAUCUAAAUCUGCCAUUGCCUUUUCCAAGGCGCUCUUGAUGACAGAGUUACAACAGUCAAGUUUGGUUUUUCUUUUGGACACCAUAUUUGACAUUUAUAUUUUUGAAAAGUCUUUUCGUUCCCGAUUACAGUGAUGUAUCACAUGAUAUGAUCGAAUCGUAGAUGCCGAUUAAAAUUAAGAAAAAGGCGUUUUUUCAAAAGUGCUUUGGAAAAAACAAAAUAUGCCCUUUAAUAAACUAAAUUUUCACAGUUCUAUUAAAUACGCAAACAGAAUUUUUAUAACUUUGUCUUGUUUUGUUUUGCAAAGAGUAAAAAAUCUAGUUUGUUUAAAAACAAAUAGUAUAUGUUUUUUUCCAAAGCACUCUUCGCAAAAAUGUUUUUUUCUCCAUUUUGAUCAGAAUGUAAGAUUCGAUACAAAUCGACCAUUUUGAUGGGUACUACCACCUCAAAUGGGGCACAAAAUGGGCCAGAGUCUCCCGGCCUGAAUACAGGUGCAGCGAUGGGGUUGUCCACGUUGUCGACGAUGUUUUCGCCGCCCCCAAGUUUGCAAAACCGCCCCAAACGCCCAAAAGUGGGUUUUGGAGGACGUUGAAAGACGCGUUCACGUGACCGCCCUUUGAUUUGUUGCCAAACAUUUGCCCGAUUUAGUGCCCGGUCAUAUUUCGUGGUAAAAGUUUGUUGAUUAUUCAGUGUUGUUUUAUUUAAAAUUUUCCUAGAAAUACAGGGUGAUUCAAGUAAGUUGUCACGCUGAAAAAUCGAAUGAUUAAAUAAUAUUGUUAUGAAAUAUGAGACUUUACACUUUGUUAUUUUUACUGUAACUAGUCUAUUUAUGUAAGCAAACGUCAAAACCUACAAUUAAAAAAUGGCCGUUUGAUUAACAUGUAUCAAUGUGUGGACACUUAUUGUUAACACAUAGUUCAACUCUUGUGUAGAAAAAGUUGAUACGACAGAGGACGUCCUAUAGUUGCUACUAACACGUGCCAUAAAAAUCUUAGACAGGUUUCGGAACUUGUCAUUUAUAAUAAAACGAUAAAAUAAAAAUGUUAUUGCAUCCGCUGUAAUAAUAGAAACGAAGCCCCUUAUUAGUGUUAUUGUUGUGGUAGGAUUAUUGCAAUUUGUUUCCCUACCUUGGCGUUUGACGUACACGAUUUCCCAGUUAAUUAAAAUUUUAUUUGAAAAAUUCAACUCGCAAUUAAUAUUUUUUUGCAACGAGAAACCACUUCAUUACUUGUAAAUUGUUAUUAUUUAUUAUUAAAAUGUAAUAAACAACUAAUAAACGCUUCUAAAACAUU